AUGUAUCUUGCUCUUCUGGUGAUUUUCUUGCAGUGUUCAGAACUUUACGCUCAGGCGAGAGUUUUUACAUUCAACACAGUUGAAAUCAAGGUUCAGCCAUCUGUCAAAGUAAAGAAUGGAGCUCCUAUGUCAAUUAUCUGCCAUGCUGAUAUUAGCAAAAGUACCAGUUUCCAGCUGAAGCAUAAUUUUACAGUUUUUAAGGAUGGCAAGCUUGUGUUCAUGACUGUAUCAUACAAAGGAAAUGCAAAAUACGAAAUACCUGUGGCUAGAUCUUCAAAUACAGGAGAGUAUGAAUGUACCGUGGAAGCAGGUGGAAAGGCAAAAUCUAGUAAACCCUUACAUGUUUGGGUAACAGGAAUGACCAAGCCAAUCCUGACUGCUGAGAAAAAUGAAGUUUUAGAGGGUGAAGUUGUGAAAUUACGUUGUGAGCUGCCAGAAGAGGAACCUCCUUUACAUUUCUUUUUCUGGAAGACAAAAACAAAUUCAACACCUAAAGAAAAGCAUGUAUUUGAACCAUACAGAAAUUUUUCUGAGGUGGAAUUUUCUGUUGAAGAGGGAGAUCAUAUUUUACAAUUUGAUUGCUUUGGUAGGAGAAAUGUAAAACACGAAUUCGAAACUUCAGAACACAGCAACACAACACUUGUUACAGUCAGGGAACCAUUUAUAAAGCCUACUCUGAAUGCCAAGCCCUCAAAUAUUACAGAAGGAGACAGAAUACAGUUUGAGUGCUCAACUAUGGUAGCCCACAUUCAUGACAUUGAAAUCAUACUCCAGAAAAACAAAACAAUACUGAACAGUGUACGAGAUAAGGAACUUUUGAAAUACUCUGCAGUAGCUACUCUAGAGGACAGUGGUGAAUACGUGUGUAAGGUGGAGCAAGGGAGAGCAUCUAAAACCACCAAACUGAAUGUUGUUGUGUCAGAGUUAUUCCCCAGGCCAAUAUUAGCUGCUUCUAUGAGGGAGCUGGAUGAAAAUAAAGAAUUAACUUUGAGUUGCAGCGUUAGCGGUUUUCAGAGAGCUAACUUCUCCAUAUUACGGAAAAGCUCACAUGGAGACAUCUGGCUGAAAAAUUCUAGAAACUUAACAAUGAGAGUUAAUGUGAAUGAUACUGGAUUCUAUAUCUGUAAAGCUGAAGUAAAAGGAAUAGUCAAGGCGAGCAAACCUGUAAGGAUAAAUGUUUAUGCUCCAGUCUCCAAGCCAACUCUUUCUGUUGUCAGUGGUUUACCAGAGGUGGUGAUAGGGAAGCCUCUAUGGUUAAUCUGUCGUUCAGUGAUGGGAACGCCACCAAUAACAUUCACGUUCUACAAAGGAAAUAAAGUUAAGAAAACAGUAACUAAUAACACAUAUGCUAUGUUCUUGGAUGAAAAUAUUGGACAAGAUGACGAAAGAGGAUACAAAUGUGUAGCUAGAAAUAAUCACUCCAGUGGCACGGGAACUAGCAAUAUUCUAAACAUCACAGUAAUAGUACCGAUCCAGAAUGCCAGCUUCGGCAGUAUUCCAUAUGGAGAAGUGGAACAUGGCAGUGAGACUGCUUUUCUCUGCUCUGUGGAAGAGGGAUCUUGGCCAAUCCGCUUCAGGAUUUUUAAAAAAACUGACCGUGAAGUUCUUCUAUUUGAAAAAACUCAAAAUGCGGACAGGGUCCUGUGGCGCAAGGAAGCAAUGAACAGGCAGGACGCAGGGACAUAUUACUGCAUGGCUUCUAAUCGAGCUAAUGUGGAGGUGAAAAGCCAUCCCAUAACUGUCAGUGUCAUCUUAGCGUCUUGGCAGAAAGGAGUAAUUGCUGCAUUUGUCCUAAUACCUAUCGCAGGAGCAGUAACUCUCACUUUAUGGUGGUUUUUGUGUAAGAAGAAAAAGGCUAAAGGACCAUCCAUGGAGAUGUCUGGUUCUGCCUUGGCUCCAAACUUGACAAGUGAAAAACUGACAAGACAGCACAAUGAUGGAGACUACUAUUCAGGAUCAGGUUACAUUGAAGAUAGCGAAAAUCACAUGAAAUCAACAGAUGACAGUAAAGGACCUGACCUUGAGAGUGCUGAGGUGGAGUACACUGAAGUUGAAGUAUCAACGCUUGAUCCUCACAGAGCUCCUGUACAGAAGGGGACUGAAACAGUUUAUAGUGAAAUCAGAAAAGCUAAUAAUGAUUCUGUGGAAAACAGGCAUUCUAGAAUACAAGGGCAUCCUGAUGCUACUUAGAACGCUUACGUCAAAGAUCAGCUGGGAGAAGAAAACAAGCCAAGAUGGAAGAUGUUGCAAAUGUUUCAAAAGCUCUGGAGCACUUAUUUAUGAAUUUGCCAGGCUCAUCAAAGUUUAUUUCCUUAAGGGGAACAAUAGAGAUGUUCCUAAAGCAUUUAAUGGAAAAAAUUAGAAAUAAAAAUUCUCAUAGGAAAGUGGCUCUAGAAACUACUGACCUAGGUUCUUAUCUUUAAUUUCUCUGGCUAAUGCGAUUUUGUCUUUCUAGCCUCCAAUUCAUCAUGCUCUGAGGAAAUAAAAGGGGAAGCUACAGCUGAAGAAGUACACUUCUACAGUGCAGUAACUACUGUGAUGCCAGUAGGAUGUAGAAAUAUCUAAGCUUAAUUUAAACUAGCUAACUUGGCUAUCAGUAACACUACUGUGGCAGAACAGAGCUCAGCACAGCUCGGCCAGGCAGGUAUACAGUUUGACAUGAUCUUGCAGCUUGUGCUGAACUCCCUGUGCUGCAGCAGCUGGUCUGCUAC